AAUUCAUGAACGCAUUAGUACCGAUUGGGAAGCCCCUCCGGAAGGGAAGUCUACUGAAGCAACCGGUGAAUUUUGAGUUUCCGUUUCCUUUGGAGCUCCCAGCAAGCCCAGCAAGUUGGUGGGACAGUAGUAGUCAGUGGAUGUGAUUCGUAAGGUUCUGUCCCACAAACAUAAUGACCAAACGAAUGGAACUGGUUCUCUUUGGUUUGUUCGCGGUGGUCACACUGUUCCAGACGGGCCUGGGUGGCGUCGGAGUCGAGGGAAAAGCCACGGUAGAACAAAUGACCAAAACGGGUGAGAUGAUUCGAAAUGUUUGCAUCGGAAAGUUGAAAGUUGCAGAAGAUUUAGUGAAUAUGCUGGGAGAUAAACAGUUCCCGGAUAACAAGGAGCUCAAGUGCUAUGUGAAUUGCAUUUUCGAAAUGAUGCAAGUGGUGAAAAAGGGCAAACUGAACUACGACGCAGCGAUGAAACAAAUUGACACCAUUAUGCCUGAUGAACUGGCCGAGCCCAUGCGGAUUGCCCUUAAUGCAUGUCGUACAGCUUCCGAUGGGAUCAAGAAUAAUUGCGAUGCGUCCUACGCUAUUGCCCAAUGCGUUGCCAAAAACAAUCCUAAAUUUGUUUUCCCUUAGAUUUAUGUUGUAAUGUAGGGAUGAACUGUCGCUGCUGUGAUUAUUUAUAUAACAUUAUCUAUAAAGACUACUCAUUUAUACGGUUGCUACUGGGAGCAUUUCAAAGCGAGAAGAAUAAAAAAAGUCCUGUACGUUCGA